AUGGUUGUACAUACCCGGUUUUGGGGUGUGAUUAAGAAAGACCUCACCACGAUCAAGGACAGACGCGUUGUGUCGGGCAGGAUCUUGAUACUGCCACAACCCUCUUUGUCACUGAAUGCACUCAUACAGCAACUUUUCAGUACCGUCGACAAAGAUGAACUCGAAUCCAUCAUCUCCAAGGACGAACAAGAGCAUCUCACAAAGAAUGUGCUGCGGCUGCCGUUCCUUUCAGCGCCCCUCAGCGGACUGACUGAUCAUCUCGUCACUCUGGCCCAAGGAACACAUAUCAAUCCCAGUGUCAGGGCAAGUGGUCAAGGGCCAGGCCAACCCAUCACAGAAGCGGUCGACCAAGGGCCCAACCCGCAGCCACGCUCCUCAGCAGCUACUAGUCCCGUUCAAGACGGCAUGGCCCCCUGUCUUGGCGAGUUCUACGAAGUCUCCAGCAAGACUCCCGUCGCUGGCGCCUCAGCAGCGACAACCACAACCGUGGCAGCCCACACUGCUGGGAAGGAUGAUGUCAAUGGACUCUCCGAGUUCAUCCAACCGCCACCGAGCAUAAAUCAGCCAGCACUCCUCAACGCCCACUUUGUCAAACGCGAGUCGGCAACGGACCCCAAGUCUGGAUGGCGUCCCACGACCGAGUGGGAAGAUCCCAUAUGGGGAUGGAUUGUGGUCAACUACAUUGACUAUGGCAUCCAGCUCUUCACCGCCCAAGGCAUCUUCUACCGCGAGGUGAGGUUACCGGGAAGGGGAGCCGGCGGUCAAACAAGAGCCGAUGCCAGUACGAAGUGGCUGCCCUUCAAGAAGACGGAGCAGCAGCCCGAUUCAACGGCCCAGCUGGACAAAUUAAUCACGCAGCUCACGGCCGAGGACGGCGUGUAUCUGCAGGCUUUCCUAGACAUGAUCAAUGGAGCCCUGAAACAGUCGGGCCCUGCCCCCGGGGAGUACGCCGAGGCCUUGAAUUGCAUCGUGGGGAGGCCGCUGGCUCUGGUCAACAUGGACAACUCUGAUGCAGACAACUCUGAUGCAGACAACUCUGAUGCAGACGACUCCUACCGGUUCCCCAUCAAGCUCGGAGACUCUCAUCGCGAGUAUGACGGCCUAGUUGGCUAUUUCCCCCAGAUUGACCGGUCCAAGUCCACCAAUCCUCCAGACGACGGCAACUUGCCCCUAAACGACGAAUUUGAUCUCACCAAGCUAUACACCUACUUCGGACUCGAUCAGAAGCCCGACGUGCCCGGUGUAACCCCCGCACUCCACCAAGCACCUGCCGCCAGCUACGCCCGCGCCUCCAAUGACGCACUACAAGUCUUCGCCGCCAUUCUGGACCCCUUCCAGCCCAUCCACGGCUCCUCCAGUUUCCUGUCCAUCAAAGAACUCAAACUGCUCGACUGGACCUGGCAGCAGGCCCUCAACCACAUGGCCGCCUUCCUCCACAUGGGUCCCGCUGAUGGUGAUGAGGGACGUGCCGGACUUUGA